AUGGAUAACAUUGCAGAUCCAUGGUAUAUAAAUCCUUCAGGCCUAGUGAAAGGCCCACAAGACGGAGAGUUUUCUCAACAUAACGGUAACCUCAAUUCCAACUUACACCAAUCGGACAGUUAUCCUUUGAAUAGCGAAGGUGCUGAAGGCCUCGAUAACCUCUUAGGUAUGGACUACUAUAACAUCGACGACCUGUUGACUCAAGAAUUGAGAGAUUUGGACAUUCCCAUAGUGCCCUCCCCUAGGACAGGCGAUGACCCUAGUGAUAGCAAAUAUAUGGAGAGGAGCUGGAAUUUUGCUGGUGACAACAACAAACCUUCACACUACAGCAAGAAAUCAAUGGCUUCGCACAAGAGAGGUCCCAGUGGUACAGCAAUAUUUGGGUUCCUGGGUCAUAAUAAGACAUUAAGUAUAUCUAGUUUACAGCAAUCCAUUUUGAACAUGUCCAAAGACCCUCAACCCAUGGGACUGAUAAACGAAGGGGACAACCAUACUUCAAGGCACAAUAAUGAGGAUUUCACCCAGAUAGAGGAAAAAGAUGGUGAAAAUAACCAUUUAAGCCAGGUCUUGUUAAAACAGCAGGAAGAACUAAGAAUUGCCCUAGAAAGACAAAAGGAAGUGAACGAAAAAUUGGAGAAACAAUUGAGGGAUAAUCAAUUGCAACAAGAAAAACUACGAAAGGUACUGGAAGAGCAAGAAGAAGUGGCUCAGAAAUUGGUAUCUAGGACAGCAAAUUCUAAUCCCAAAUGCGAAUCACCAGUCACAUUGAGGACGCCAGCGGGGCAAACCAACAGAACAAAGGACAACGCUAUAAUCAUCACAACAAACUCGGCAAACGGUGGCUACCAAUUCCCUCCACCGACGUUGAUAUCUCCUCCAAUUUCAAAUACAUCAAUAAAUGGUUCUCCAUCUAGGAAGUACCACAGGCAGCGAUAUCCGAACAAAAGCCCCGAAAGCAAUGGGCUUAACCUAUUUUCCUCUAAUAGUGCAUACUUAAGAACGUCUGAACUGCUUUCAUUUUCCCCUCCCAACUACAAUCUCAAUAUGGACGGUUUGAGUUAUAAUGACAACAACAACAACAACAACAACAACAACAACAAUAAUAACAACAAUAAUGACAAGAGAGGUAACGGCAGUAACAAUAUAUCCCAGCUUUUUGGAAAAACUUCCCCAGGCGGGCUCGAUGUUUCUUCGCGGAUAAUCAGUAGCAAUCUGAGGUCACCAUUUCUCCUCAACACCGAUAAAGACAGGGACGACCAAUAUGACAGUAGUACUUUGACGGCUAGAACACAACUUUCACCCAGCCAUAGGAAAAAGGAAUCGGCAAUUUCUACAGUCUCUACCAUUCCGCAACUACAAGAUGAUACAGAACCUCCUCAUAUGCGAAAUACUCAAAGUCCGACGGCAAGAAAUGAAAAUAAUCCACUAUCAUCAAAUAUGCUACCUCCAAUUCCAGGGUCCAGCAAUAACACUCCAAUCAAAAAUUCUUUACCACAGAAACAUUUAUUCCAACACACUCCCAUCAAAAUCCAAAAUCAAACGUUACCAAAAAUUGGCCAUAACCUAGGCCCCCUUCUAAAUGCACCAGACUUAACACAACAUCAGCUGGAAAUUAAGACGCCUAUACAAAACAACAGCCCGAAUGGGGACGAAAACUACACGCGAUCCCGACCUUUCGCACGUGGUAUGAACACUAGCCCUACCUUAGAUAUGUCACCUCCUCCACCAGACGAGAUAAUAGCCAGGACGACGCCUAUGAAGAUUACCAAAAAACCAACCACGCUGCCUCCGGGCACCAUUGACCAAUACGUCAAAGAGUUGCCCGACAAACUGUUCGAAUGUCUGUAUCCUAACUGUAGCAAAGUAUUCAAACGUAGAUACAACAUCAGGUCACACAUCCAAACUCAUUUGCAGGAUAGACCAUACUCAUGCGACUUCCCCAGUUKCGAUAAGGCGUUUGUGCGAAAUCAUGAUUUGAUAAGACACAAAAUAUCGCAUAAUGCCAAGAAGUAUGUUUGCCCCUGUGGUAAGAGAUUCAACCGCGAAGAUGCCCUGAUGGUGCACAGAAGUCGUAUGAUUUGCGCAGGCGGUAAGAAGUUGGAACACUUCAUUAGUAAGAAACUCACAUCUCCCAAGAGGAGCGUAUUUGGCAGCCCGCAUGAGACCAGCCCCGUCAAAGAAACCAUUGCCAGAGAUAAAGAUGGUAGCGUUAUAAUGAGGAUGGAAGAACAGCUGCGAAACGACAUGCGGGAACAUGGGUUAUUGGACCCGCCGCCGCCGUCCACGGCGGAGUACGAACAGAGUCCACGUCUCACACCCUUUAAUGACAGGGACGAAUUUUGA